AUGCUCGACGACAAUCCACAAUCCACAAUCCACAAUCCUCGCUCGUUGACCCUUGCUGCCGAGCUCGAGUACGAUCAAUACCGUCGAUCAGCGGAGAAUAUCGAGCCAGAAGCUCUCAGCAGUACGAGGUUUCCACCAAUCGUCGCUCAGUCACUGACCACCUUCAAGGAAAUGCCUCCCCUCGAUUCCAUCGCGGUCGCCACACAACGGCACGCCCUUGAGCGAAGAGACUGGGCCAGCGAGAACCCCGGCCCUAUCCUGGUUUUCUGCAUCGUCUUCAUCGUGGCCAUGGGUGUAAUUAUCCUCUUCUUGUACCGGAAAUGGAUGGCGCGGAGGGCUACUCAGCAGUCCUAUGAGUGA